AAGUGUUCAUGUCUGUGAUUGAGACUGGGAGAAUGGAAAACACCGAAAUGGUGAAACCAGAGACGCUGGAGGAUCUGAUUAAGAUCCUCCAUCAGAUCUUUGAAAGUGAUCAUGUGAAUAUUGAGGAGGUGCAGAGUAUUAUGGAGGCAUACGAAAGUAAACCACAGGAGUGGAAGAAAUUUGCUAGAUUUGACCAGUACAGGUAUACCAGGAAUCUCGUCGACGAGGGCAAUGGCAAAUUUAACCUUAUGAUUCUGUGUUGGGGUGAAGGCCACGGCAGUAGUAUCCAUGACCAUACAAACUCACACUGCUUCCUGAAGCUUCUGCAAGGCCAGCUGAAAGAGACCCUGUUCGAAUGGCCCGAUGGUAAAGCACAUGGCGACAUGGUCCAAAAAUCUCAGCGCAUUUUGCAGGAAAACCAGUGUGCUUAUAUUAAUGAUUCCAUCGGGCUGCACCGGGUAGAAAACGUCAGUCACACAGAAUGUGCAGCCAGUUUGCACCUGUACAGCCCUCCUUUCGAGCAUUGCCAGACAUUUGACCAGAGAACGGGACAUAAAAACACAGUCAAAAUGACCUUCUGGAGUAAAUUUGGCCAGAAGACACCAAUUGGAACCACAAUCUCACAGGAAAAUAACUGAGAAUGGAGAAAUAUUAACUGUACAUUUAUAAAUUCAGGCGUGAUUAAAACAAGCAAUGUCGACAUCGUUAUUUUUUGUAAUACAAAAAUAAUGAUUUGAUACUUUUGGGUAAAUUUACAGAGAACGUUUGGUAGAAGGACUGAGUAAUUCGUGAGGUAUUGCCAUGACCCACUGUAAGCUUGGCAAAUGCUGCUGAACACAUUCUAAAGAGUCUGAAUAGCAGAAUGUGGCUGGACUGCCUCAGCAAUCUGUUCUUUGUUCACUAGGUUUGAGAAAAGUCCUAACAGCAUUCCUAAGCGUUUAUGACCUGUGUAAUCAAACUUUUGUACUGUUACUAGGCCUGGAAUUGUUUUUUCUUGAUCAUGUAAUUGAUGAGAAGAACAUACUUAAAUUGUGUUGUAUUGUGUUCACAAAAAGGUAAUUAGCUAAAAAGGGAAUUUCGUAAAUCGAAGAGUUUAGUGUAAGAAUGAGCACUUUCUUUUAUUGAUGUGUUAAUUUUGAUGUAAGCUGGCAUGGUUUAUGAUGUCCACAUUGUAAAAUAACACCAUAUGUAGUCAAAGUCCUACAUGCAUUUUGCAUGAGUUUAUUUUUUAUACAUUUCAUUUGUCUGUAAAUUACAAAUGGAACAUUCAAUGUUAGGAGGAACAAAAAGCCUAGAUGUCUUAUAUAAAAAUAAAAUUAAGUCUUAGAUAACAAUUAGUUUUUAGUUCAAAGCAGAAUCUAGAAAGAAAAUACGAAUUUAGUUGCACAGUGAACGAUACGUUUUUUGAGUUAUAUCUAUAGAGGUAUUUAUAGGGUUGAAUUGUAUGAACAGCUUUUUUUGAGCACCAGCCAAACAUUAGGAUGAUAAGAAAAGCUUUGCUGUAACUGUACAAUAUGAAAUAAUAUUUCUGUAAAAUGUUUCCAAUCAUUUUUGUCUGUCCUGUAUAAUAAAUUCUUUAUUCAUUUGGUGCUAAA